GGAGUCUUGCUCUGUCACCCAGGGUGGAGUACAAUGGUGCUAUCUUGGCUCACUGCAACCUCCACCCCCUGGGUUCAAGCAAUUCUCCUGCCUCAGCCUCCCAAGUAGCUGGGAUUACAGGCACAUGCUACCAUGCCUGGCUAAUUUUUGUAUUUUUUUAGUAGAGACGGGGUUUCACCAUGUUGGCCAGGCUGGUCUCAAACCCCUGACCUUGUGAUCUGCCCACCUCAGCCUCCCAAAAUGCUAGGAUUACAGGCGUGAGCCACUGUGCCCGGCCCAAAGAGGUCAUUUUUUUAAUAUGCAGCAUUAAUUACAGGAACAUUCAUCUACCCCUCCACUCUCAACAUCCUCAGUCAGAUGGUUUCCCCAGCCCUCAUUAAAGCACUGAGAUCCCCACCUCAUACUAUGAUUCUUGCAUUAAUUAUUUUACACUUCAGCACCAUUACUUAACGUUUUGUCAGUGAACAUUCUCCCAGUGCAGCAAAACUUCAGAAUCAGACUAAUGGGGGAAGUAAGGCCUUUGUGCACGUGUGAAAACACAGAACUAGGGAAUAUUUCAAAACAAACUGAAAAGCAAUUCCAAGUUUACUUUGUCUAAGAACAAAUAGAUCUAAAACAACAAAGUUUUACCUGAUACGUACCCUCACGGGAAUUGAUUCAGGGAAGAGCCAAGAGUAUUUUGCAAAUAGCAUAACAUAGCAGUUUAGAUUCUAAUGCACCUUGGUAAUCACAAAGUCAGAAAGGCUUGGGUAUGGUGUGAAAUGCACAGUUAUUUGAUGUUUUGAGCCUGGCUUAACAAGGGAAUGUAAAAUGAUCAAGUAAUGGGAAUUUUUUUUUUUUUUUUUGGUUUUAAGGAGCAGAGAGUUUAAUAGGCAAGAAGGAAGGGAGAAGACAGAAGGAAGAGCUCCCCCAUACAGAGACAGAGGGAGGGGGGCUCCAAAGCCGAAAGAGGAGGUCCCCAAGUACUGUGGACACCAGCCAGGUAUAUAUGCAGAGGCUGGAGGAGGCAAUGUCUGAUUUGCAUAGGGCUCAGGGGAGAGAUGAAAACAUAAAUAAUAUGGAAGAUGGGAACCCUCAGGCCUACCUCAACUUGAAAAUGGGUGUAAUAACAGUACUGGCCUUCUAGCAUUGCUACGGAGAUUAAAUGUGAUCAUGCAUUCAAGGGCUUAGCACAGGGCCAGGCUGCUGGGAAAGGCUUGAUGAUAAUAUCGGUAAUAAAACCUGUUACAAUUACUAUUGUUGGUAUUAGUAUCCACUCAUUUGCAAACAGAUUCAGCCCACUUUGAACAGCUAGGACGCCCACUCCAUGCUCAGUAUCUCUGAGUAAGGAGGAGGCUGGCCAGCAAUGAACCCAGUGGAACCCAGUAGACUCCUGGCUUUCAUCCCAGCCCACCGCAAGCCAGCUGGGUGACUUCUGAACCCAUCCCUAACCAGCUGUGUAACCUCUCUGUAUCUUGCUUUCUCAUCUGCAAAGAGGGCAUAACAACAGUAACCGCGUAGCUCUUAGAACAGCGUCUGGCAUGUGAGCCACUGAUGUGGAUGUGGGGCUUCUGAAAUUUCGGGAGGUUCUCAGGGGUGUAUCUUCUCUUUAAUGCUGCUAUGGUCUGAAUAUUGAUUUCCCCCUAAAUCCAGGUAAUGAAAUCCUAACCCCCAAGGUGAUGGUACUUGGAGGUGGGGCCUUUGGAGGGGAUUAGAUCAUGAGGGCAGAGUCCUCAUAAAUAGGAUUAGUGCCCUUAUAAAAGAGGCCUCAGAGGUGGGCAGAUCACAAGGUCAGGAGUUGGAGACCAUCCUGGCUAACACGGUGAAACCCCAUCUCUACUAAAAAUACAAAAAAAAUUAGCCGGGCUUAGGUGGUGCACGCCUGUAGUCCCAGCUACUCGGGAGGCUGAGGCAGGAGAGUGGCAUAAAACCUGGGAGGCGGAGGUUGCAAUGAGCCAAGACGCGCCACUGCACUCCAGCCUGGGAGACAGAGCAAGACUCUGUCUCGAAAAAAAGAAAAAGAGGCCUCAGAGAGCUGCCCUGCCCUUUCCACCAUAUGAGGACCCAGCAGGAAGGCACCAUCAUGAGAAACGGGGCUCUCACAGGACACCAACUCUUGAUCUUGGACUUCUCAUCCUCCAGAACCGUGAGAAAUAAGUUUCUAUUAUUUACAAGCCACCCAGUUCAUGGUGUUUAUAAACUGCUGAGACAAACACCACUAAAUCUUGCCCUUAUAAUCCUGUUGAUAAUUACGCAAGAGUAAAUUUUGUUCUGGUCUCAACCAAAUGAUGAAAACUCCAAAUCAGUGGAAUCUGAACUCUGAGGUUAGCCGGUGAUCUCCGUCUGGCCUGUACGAGUUUCCCUCCUGCAACAAAGUCACUCCCUUGCCUGCUCUCAGAGAACCUUUGUGUUCUGGGCCAGCCACCCACUAGGAAGGGGUUCAAAGGCCUGUCUGCUCACAAACAAGAAACAAAAAAGACCAGACAGGAGAGAAGGCAGGGAGCUGGUGGGCAGAGUAUCUAGAAGGAACCAACGUGUGAAGCCUCACACCCAAGUCCUCUCCUCGCCUCCCUUUUCUAGAAAUGUUUCCUGGGGCCUUUGGGACCAGAUGCUCUGCCAAACACAUUCAAGACCUAUUUCUCUGAAUCCUCCCAACAUUCUGGUGCAGGAGGUUGUAUUAUUCUUAUUGCCAUCCCUGUUGUAGAGCGACGGAACUGAGGCAUGGACGGGCUGAGUAACUUGCUCCAGCAACAGCUCACCAGUGGCAGAACCAGGAAUCGAAGCCAGAUUUGCCUAACUGCACAACUGGUGCCACAAAACCCUCGGCUAUGCCGUCCCCGCUUUACCACCCGCCCUCCCUCCCUCCUCCUGGUUCCACCUAUAGCCCAGGAGCUCUCCUGACCCUCCAGAAACCCUGGCUUAGCCCAGGCUGUAAGCAAUGUCCUAAGCUAAAUUCCCCACACCAGUGGGAGGGAUGGGUGUGAAGGGGUCAAUGCUGGUCCCACCACGUAUGAUCUUGGUGGAGUCUUGCCUUAUUUCUCUACAAGGUGAUCUUCUCAUGGUGGGGGGUAACUGCAGUUAAGCUACUUCAGUUUCUAAAGGGAAAGAUGAAUGGGAGGCACCUUUUAAUCAGAGCUUCAGCAAUCUCAGCUUGUUUAAUAGUUUUAUAAAUAUUUGUGAAACAGCAUUCUAUUACUACCUAAAGGCACUGUUGUCUUUAACAAAAACACCUUUUUGUGGGCAAUAAAUGUUCUUUUUAAAAACAUAACCAAAAGAAAAAAAAACCCUUAACUGGAUGUAAAAUAAUGUAAAUCUGCCACUGCCUCCACAGCUAGAUGGGUGGAAAAGAGGUAAAAUGGCAUUUUACAGAGUCCACAGGGAAUUCUGAGAGUAAAUUCAGACACAAAUUGAUUUGUGUUCAUUUUUUAUGCUGCUAACACUUAGUGCUCAAACAGCAGUUUCUUAAGGCGUAAGUACAGUCAAGGCCCUUGGGGUCAGCCUCUUAACACCUCCACCCCCAGGCUGGGAAAGCGCACGCGGGCCUCUGCUCUGUGAUGGGGAGCAGAUGCCUGUGCCAUGUCAGACAGCGUGACAUCACAGUGUCUGCCCUCAGCCGCUGUACCCCAUCGGGGGAGAUACCUCAAUGGAAGCGCCGUCUUUCCGGCUCUCACACUCCUACCAAAGCCCAUUUAACUGGCACGUUCUCCUGCCCUAUUUGGUAUUAGGGCUGGGAUGUCAGAGAGAUAUUAUGACAUAGUCCUUGUUCUCAGAUAAUUCAUGAUACAUUUCAGAGACAAAAGCAUCACCUGUGGGACAACAGUCACCCAUCAGUGACUAUCACCCUUGGCAAGUGUCCACAGAGGAUUCUGAGUAGGGAGGACAGCGGGGGUCAGGGCCCUGAGUUCCAGGCCAGCACCGGGCCACCUGGACCCUCCCAUUCUCUGCUGCUCACCAGUUGAGGGAAUGUAGGGAAGUCGUCUAACUUCACUGAGCCUUAAAAUCCUCAUUGUUCCUAUCUCAAAGGAGUGACAGGAUCACUAAAUAAUGACAUAUAAUAAUAGCAAAUUAAGGAGUGCUUUAUAGGUGCCAGACACUGUUUUAAAUGACGUGUAUUUGUAUAUAUAAAUCUCAGGAACAACCCUGUGAGGUAGAUUCUUUUACUCAUCCCCUUGUGGCAGAUGAGAAACUGAGGCACAGAGAGGUUAAAUAAAUGGCACAAGGUCACCCAGCAAGAAAAUGGUAGAACCCUUUUUGGCUCUCUGACUAGCAUCAUGGCGGUUGGCAAGAACAAACGCCUUACGAAAGGCGGCAAAAAGGGAGCCAAGAAGAAAGUGGUUGAUCCAUUUUCUAAGAAAGAUUGGUAUGAUGUGAAAGCACCUGCUAUGUUCAAUAUAAGAAAUAUUGGAAAGACGCUCGUCACCAGGACCCAAGGAACGAAAAUUGCAUCUGAUGGUCUCAAGGGUCGUGUGUUUGAAGUGAAUCUUGCUGAUUUGCAGAAUGAUGAAGUUGCAUUUAGAAAAUUCAAGCUGAUUACUGAAGAUGUUCAAUGUAAAAACUGCCUGACUAACUUCCAUGGCAUGGAUCUUACCCGUGACAAAAUGUGUUCCAUGGUCAAAAAAUGGCAGACAAUGAUUGAAGCUCAUGUUGAUGUCAAGACUACUGAUGGUUACUUGCUUCGUCUGUUCUGUGUUGGUUUUACUAAAAAACGUAACAAUCAGAUACGGAAGACCUCUUACGCUCAGCACCAACAGGUCCGCCAAAUCCGGAAGAAGAUGAUGGAAAUCAUGACCCGAGAGGUGCAGACAAAUGACUUGAAAGAAGUGGUCAAUAAAUGGAUUCCAGACAGCAUUGGAAAAGACAUAGAAAAGGCUUGCCAAUCUAUUUAUCCUCUCCAUGAUGUCUUCGUUAGAAAAGUAAAAAUGCUGAAGAAGCCCAAGUUUGAAUUGGGAAAGCUCAUGGAGCUUCAUGGUGAAGGCAGUAGUUCUGGAAAAGCCACUGGGGACGAGACAGGUGCUAAAGUUGAACGAGCUGAUGGAUAUGAACCACCAGUCCAAGAAUCUGUUUAAAGUUCAGACUUCAAAUAGUGGCAAAUAAAAAGUGUUAUUUGU